AUGGCCACUAACUACAGUGCCAACCAGGCAGUGCAGGCCUUUGAUCCUCGAAUCCAGCGAACUCUGUGGCUGUCAUCUCCGGGCGGGGCUUGGAGCUCAGAGGGCUUCCCCCUUUCUCUCCACAGUACGAAAAAGCAUUCUCACCCAAGUAUCUGCAGAACUGGUGUCUCGCCAAGCCAACGAAAGAGGUAUCCACGUGUUUCUACAUCGCUCACUGCCACCAGCCUUCUCCCCACAUCCUCCACUCCCUCAGCCCUCACUCAAGCCCUGAUACUCCCUCCACUCUCCCAGCGCUUCUCUUCCACUUUCCCCCAGAGCAUUCCUUCCCACGAAGGCUACACUCAGAUUAUCGCCAACGACCGUGGCCAUCUGCUGCCUUCAGUGCCCCGUUCCAAGGCAAGUCCUUGGGGUGCCUUCAUGGGCACCUGGGAGAUGCCUCUGAAGAUACCCCCUGCUCGGGUGACCCUGACGUCCCGUACAGCUGCUGGCGCUGCCUCCCUCACCAAAUGGAUCCAGAAAAAUCCUGACUUACUCAAGGCCUCCAAUGGGCUUCGUCCAGAAAUCUUGGGCAAGCCCCAGGACCCAGCCAGUCCGAAGAAAGCCCCGAACUCUGUCCAGCAAGCACCAAGUCCAGCCAUCAUCCCAAGGUCCCCAGCCACAGACCUCAGUUCCCCAGAUCAACCCCCAAGUGCACACCCCUCGGCGGGUCACACUCCAGGUCCCCUCAGCCCAGCCAGCACCCCCAAGUGCCCACCCGGGAGCCCAUGCACGUAG